AUGGCGCUUCAGGCAUUCCCCAGGCUUCUGCAAUUCAAGAGCUGUGAUCUCUUUGGAAAUGGUUCGUUGAGUUUUCCUCCAAUUCAGAGUAGAACUGUUCAUACAAAGCCAUGGGUGAUUGAAGCAAGAGCUAGAACUAGGGUAGAAAGCCCAAAAGUCCGAAACAGAAGAUUGCAGAAAAAGUACAAUGGCACACAGAAGAAGCCAAGGCUUUCUGUAUUCUGUUCCGAAAAACAAUUAUACGCAAUGCUUGUUGAUGAUCAGAACAAAAAGUGCUUAUUUUAUGGCAGCACUCUGCAGCAAUCAGUUCGUACAAACCCUAAUUCUACCACCAUUGAAGUGUCACAACGUGUUGGUGAAGAGCUUGUUAAGACGUGUAAUGAUCUUGGAAUUGAUGAAAUUUCAUCGUAUGAUCGUAAUGGUUUUUCAAGAGGAGCAAGAAUGGAAGCAUUUGAGAUUGCAUUAUCUGAUCAUGGCUUUUUGUUUCGAUAGAUUUUCAUCUCAAUUUAAACCUCUUAGAAGUAUUGUAAAAUAAUCAAUCGAAAUUUGUAACUUUUUUUUUUGGGGUUUGUAUGUCAUGUGUGUCUAAAAUCUAUGUAUAAGUGGUUGUGAAUCA